UUAGAGCCCGAGAAGCCGCUUUGUUUAUAUCCGGGAACUUUCGGUUAUUUCUCCCUUCCCACUUCCGCCUCCGGUUGCCCCUACCAAGAUGGCGACCAUAACAGAGUUGAAAGCAGUUUUAACAGACACGCUGGAGAAGAGAGGUACACUGGGACAGAUCAAAGCAAGGAUCAGAGCUGAAGUUUUCAAUGCGCUGGAUGACCAAAGCGAACCACGGCCAUCGUUGUCCCAUGAGAACCUUUUAAUCAAUGAACUGAUCCGUGAAUACUUGGAGUUCAACAAAUACAAAUAUGCUUCAUCUGUUUUAACAGCAGAAUCUGGCCAGCCUGAAGUUCCAUUGGACAGAGAAUUUCUUGUUAAUGAACUAAAUAUAGUUGAAGAUCCAAACAGCAGAUCAGUGCCACUUCUGUAUGGAAUUAUAAACCAGCUGUUACAUGGUAAUGAAGAAAAGGUCUGCAAUACAUUCCCCAGGGCACCUUCGUUACAGGUUUCAAACCAACCAACGAAAGGAGUCAAAUGGGCACCGCUGCGGAGCCAGGAUGCAUAGCCGGCCCAAAGCUUGAAGAUACGUUGAGUUCACGGGGCCUAAACAGAUGAAAUAAACCAUCACGUGUCUUUU